AUCGCUAUAUUGAGCUAGUGCAAUUGGAACGACAAACGAGGCUACAUCUGUAUUUAUAAAAUUGCAACUAACAAAAUGUCCUUAAACUUUCGCUUUCAUGUUUUGAAAAGCGUCAAGCCAUACACCAUAUAUAUUCCACAAUUAAGUAAAUCAACAUUACGCGUCUUAAUACAAGUUUCGGUACACUAUAUCGAAACAAAAAAAUCAUCACCUGACGUUUUGGAACUUGCAAUAAAUAAACUUAAAAAUGCAGGCCACGAAGUGCCUAAGAACUUUUGUGAACUGUUUACGAUGGUGUUGUUGAUAAUGCAAAUCUAUUUACGCUAUCCAAAAGGUGUGAUCAAGGAGCAAGAACUGCGGCAGUGCUUAAUUGACGAUUUGUGCUUCACAGAUGCUUGCGCUGACGAUUUGACUAAGGUGCUGAUUAACCACCGUACGACGCUUAGUAGAAAUUUUGCUGAAACCAAAAUGGAAAGACCAAAAAUGUUGGACAUGCAAUGGCGGAUAAAUAUUUCCUUGGGCUCAACAAUGGCCCAGCUGGAUAAGCCCACAAUUGUAUUACAUUUUAAAUUAAAUAAUGGCGAGCAUCGUACUUUAGAGCUGCCUUUGUCAAUGUUUCAACGUUUGCGAUUUAAUGUGGCUACGAUGCUUAGCGAGCUGCAAUCCUUGCAGAAUCGUCCUGUUUUGAAACAGUUUUAGAUAUGAGUAAUUUAAGUUAUUGGCAGUAUGGUUAAUUAUGUAUUUGAUUUAUACUGUACUUAGCUUAGUAACUACAUAUUUGAAUGCUGUUUAUUCGCUCCGUUUGCGCUUUUUGAUAAGUUUCUUAUUUAUCAGUGUGUUUUUAUUACUUUUUGCAAAUGUUUUCUGAUACUCUUUGAAUUGUUUAUCCAACUCUUUCACAUAUUCUUGCGGCAGCGUCCAUUCCGAAAUUUUGUCAUUCUUUGUUGGAUCACAAUCCUCGGAGUACUCGGGAAUCUCGACGCCCAAACGUUUGCAAACUUUUUCUAAUAUAUUGUCAAUAUAACUUGAAAUGUUUAAAAAUGCUUUCUUGUCCUGUAAUAAAAAAGUCAGUAGAUGAAAUAUAUCUUGUA